UAAUCUUUAAAAAAAAAAAAAAAAAAAUCAAAUAGUUCGACAGCAUUUUAUUGUUUAAUGAUACAUUUUGUGAUUACGUUACCUUAUAUAUACUAGAAAGAGAUGUUUCAAUAUCAGCUGUAUGUUGUCUUCUACGAAGAAACGAAACGAAAUAAGAGAAAUUCAGCGUUAUAAAAUCAAGACCUGCUGCAGUCGUACACAUACAGUAACAUUUUUCAUAGUUCUCGCGGCGUUUUUUUUUGGGGGGGGGAGGGACAUUACGUCGUAUUUUUCACCUGCAGGCAACGCAAAUCUCGCUGAUUUAUUAACGACGACAACGAUGGCCCGGUGGUCGUCGUCCACGGCGCGACAACGGGUAGUGCACACGUGGGCCGCUCUGGUGUACUGGACGGGCAAGGUGGCCGGGGUUUUGGUGUUGGCCGAGACCGCGGCGGCCGACCGGCGGCAGUUCGCGGCCACCGCGACGUCGGCCGUCCGCUGGCGGUUGGCGGCGGCCCGCGCUUGGAACGCCGUCUGUCUGGCGGCCGUUGUGCACCGGAUCGUCGUGGAAACGUGGCCGGUCACCGUGCAGGCCGUCACGCAAUUGCCGCAGGCCUCGUGCUACGACACCGUGUGCGGCGGCGUGUGGUGCGUGUACGCGUGCGUGUACUACGCCGUCGCCUGGCUGGACAGGACGUCGGAGAUCUGCGCCCUGGUGGCGGCCGUCACGUGGCGCCGGCGGUCCACGGCCGAGUGUCUGAACUCGGCCGCGGCCGGUCACUUGGACGACGACGACGACGGCGGCGGCGGCGGCGGCGCGGGAAAACCGUCAUCGUCGGCGGUCGUCGGCGUCCCGUGGCACGCGUACCUGAUCGUGGCGUUUCCGGUCGCACAGUUCGCGAUGGCCGCCAACGUGAUAUCGCCCGGCCACCAGGGCGCGUGGCGCAGGGCCGCGACCGCCGUGGCCGCGGUGGCCAGCUGCGCGCCGGUCGCGACGCACGGCACCGCGGCCGCCCUGCUGGUCGUGGCCAGCAGCAGCAUGCGGUCCGUCAACCGCAGCAUCACACGCCUGUUGCCGGUCGGCCGGAUGCGUCGCGUCCGGUCGUCAGCGGAUGACGGCGCCGCCGACGACGACGAAAACUGCCGCCAACGGGACGUGAUCGCGCGGCUGGCCCGCAGACACUGGCGGAUCACCGGGCUGGUGACGGGCGGCGUGUGCGGGGCUUACGGCGUAGACCUCAUGGCCGCCGUCCUCCUGGCCGCCGUCCGCGUCACGUACGUGGCCAUAUCGGUGUUCCAUCGGCUCACCGACGACUCGGACGCGCGUACCAACAUGUCGCUAGCCGUCGUCGUCCAACUGAUAGCUUGGUUCGGACAGUUUACCUAUUUGGCGUACACGUGCGACGAACUGGCCGCUCAAUCGAGUGAAAUGUUUGACAAUUUGAAUACACUGUUGUUGGAUAUUUUCAAAGAAAGUCGACUCUCUGGAGAACCAUACAUAAGUAAAAUGCAAGAAAUUGAAGCGGUGCAAGAGUUCAUGCGUCAAGUAGUAGCACGCAAAGUCAUCGUACAUGCAUGCGGUGGUCUAAUAACGUUAAAUCUAUCUCUGAUAACCACGAUCAUUGGAGUCACAUUAACAUAUUUUAUUGUUUUAUUGCAAUUUGAAUCAUCGCACAGUAGUACCGUGCAUAAUGAUACAUUGAUACACACAUGAUUCAAUGAGAAGCAGUUGUUCAAGAAUCUAUUUAACGGUAUUUUACAUUUAUUUAAUUUAAUUCAAAAUAAUAAACUUUACAGUUGGGUAAUAACGUUAAACGAUGUUUCAUUUUGUCAACAACAUUGAACUUAAGGAUUCAAAAAAGACACAGAUGUGCUUCACGUUUUUGGCUAACUGAACUCAAUAAAUAUAUUGUAUUGGGGAUAUUGGUCAUAAAAAUUUUAUGCAAUCAACCUUUCAAAUAUCUUAAAAAUGUUAUGAUCAUUUUCGACCUACUUUUCUCAUAUUACAGUGAUUAAAUAAUACAAAACACGACUUAGAAGUUAAAAGUUUAGUGCAAGACUAAUAAAUAAUUUUGAAAUGAAAGCAAAAAGUAAAACAUACAAUAACUCAAUAAUUUAAUAUUUAAUCUAAGUAUGA